GUGUUGACCGAUUCGAUGCCGUUCAAUUACGGCGUUCUUUCUUAAACUUGAAGAAUUCCAGAAUUAGCUUAUCCAGAUCCCUUUCUUUCUCCUACCCAACCUUCCAAGCAUCCUAGAUCCGAGCUCCUCCCAUGGAUCUGCCGCCGGAAGAGCUGCAGUUCCUGAAGAUUCCCGACGUGCUCAAUGAGUCAAUCUCCAUCCCCAGACGAUCUCCGAAGACCUUCUAUCUAAUCACCGUCACUUUAAUCUUCCCUCUGUCCUUCGCAAUUCUGGCCCAUUCCCUCUUCACCCACCCAAUCCUCUCCCAGCUCCGAGAUAACCCUCACGCCGACCACGCCGACCAGUGGGCCAAGCUUCUCCUCUUCCAAUUCUGCUACCUCAUCUUCCUCUUCGCGUUCUCGCUUCUCUCCACCGCCGCCGUCGUCUUCACCGUUGCCUCCCUCUACACAGCCAAGGCCGUCUCCUUCACAUCAACGCUUUCCGCCAUCCCCGGCGUCUUCAGGCGUCUCUUCAUCACCUUCGUAUGGGUUUCCUUCCUGAUGCUGGUGUACAACAUCGUUUUCGUCGGAUUUCUGGUGCUCUUAAUCGUAGCCGUCGAUACCGACAGCGUCCUCCUGUUCCUUUUCUCGGUGGUGGUCUUGUUCUUGCUGUUUCUGUUCGUCCAUGUCUACAUCACCGCCGUGUGGCAUUUGGCGAGCGUGAUUUCCGUGCUUGAGCCGGUCUACGGCCUAGCCGCCAUGAAGAAGAGCUAUGAAUUGUUGAAGGGGAGGGCCCGGAUGGCAUUCAUUCUUGUCUUCUCAUACCUGGCGAUCUGUGGAGUGAUCAGCGGGUUGUUCGGGAUGAUUGUGGUGAACGGAGGGGACUAUUACGGGCUGUUUUCGAGGAUUUUGGUUGGAGGGUUUUUGGUAGGGGUUUUGGUGGUUGUCAAUCUGGUGGGGCUUUUGGUGCAGAGCGUGUUCUAUUAUGUUUGCAAGAGUUAUCACCAUCAGGGGAUAGACAAGAGUGCUCUUUACGACCACCUGGGCGGCUAUCUCGGGGAAUAUGUGCCCCUCAAGAGCAGCAUUCAGAUGGAAAACCUGGACGCUUAGUGUUUAUUCUGGUGAGAAAACAGCUAAUCUUUGUACUCUCUUUAAACACUCACUUGUCGUUAUAAGACAUGUAAAAAGGAAUUGUGGUAUCAAUAGAAUGUGUACUUGUUUCAUGCAAUAUAUGGUGCUAGAUGGGAGUUCAUUUUCUUUGUAAUUGAUGAAAUUUAAUCACCAAGGCAUUGCUGAUGUUAUGACGAGUGUCUUCCAUUGUUCUUCAUUCCUA